AUGCUCAAGGGUCUGAGAGAUGAAGUAAGUGUUCUUAGAGACUGCCCUCCUACCCGUCCUUCAAGAAACAGUUGCCAUUCUCUGUGUCUCGCACUCCCUCACUCAUCUUUCUAAAAGCCUCUUCAAUUUAUACAAUGUCUCCGCCAUUUUUCCCUCUCCUACACUUCUUAUUCUUCUCUUCUUCUACAACGGUGGCCGACACAACCGAUUCAUCUGGUUUUGAAGGGGAAAAGACAUCAGGCUAUACUUCUUCAUCUCCUUCUUCUCCUCCUUCAUCUGUUUCCUCGUUCACUUUCCUUUUGAUCGCUCAGCAACUGUCGGAUAAUUCAUAACUGUUCUCUGAGUGUGUUAUCAAUGAUUUUGGGUGUGUGGGGAUGAUGUCGCGCAAUCUCCAAUUACGGCAAUCCUGUUCACUCAAUCAAUCGAUGUCGAUCAGGAUGUUUCAUUUGUAUACAAAUGAAGUCAUCUCAAUUGAAAGCGAAAUUUUUUUACUUUGUUACUGGAUCUUAAAUCCCAAUCAAACUAUUGAUGAAACAUCAGAAUUCAUGCAUUCUCCUGAUCUCAUUGUUUGGCAAAUGCUGACUUUCUGAAGAAUUUUACAACACCGUCUGAUGUUCAGCAUCGUUAUUUGGCGUCGAGAAACUAUGAGUCUGACUCAAUCCUGAAUGUUUUUGCAUCUAUUCUCAUUUUUCACUCAUCAAGAAUGCCAUUUAUCUUUCAUAAUUAUGGUCUUCCAUAAACCAGUUACGAGCGUCCUAAACCACAACGGUCAUUCUUUUCCACCGCUUUUAUUCCUUCGUUUCUGCCCAUCUUUCUCUCUUUCUCUUUCCUUUUUAUUUAUUCAGCUUUUUUGUUCUCCGCCAUAGUAUCCUUCUUAGGCCACUGUUGUUCUGCUUGAAACUGAUGCGCUGAUGCGAUUAGGGACACACCUAGCGAAAGGUUCGUUUUCGGAAUUCCGAAUCGCUCUAGAAACGUCUCGAAGACAUCGCCCAAAAAACUUCUCAAUUCUUUGGCGUUAGCGUCGGAAACGAAACUGGUUUGCUUCUUCUGUCUUUCUUCUCUGACGCCUUCGUUUCCCCAUAAUCAACAAAAAUCAAAUCGCCAUCUGUACCGUUUCCUUUUUCUUCUCUUCCUCGUUUCACCGUUUACACUUCCGUAUCGAAUCGCACCGUAGUGACUAGUAAAAUCUUGAUUUUUUGUAGGGACCGGACCGGACCAAUAUGUUUUGGUUUGUGCUUCUCUCGUCAUGCAUUGCAAUACACGCGCAGCAAGGAAUAAUGAUGGGUGAGUUGCUCAGUUUCUCAGUUUUACCAAACAUCAACGGCGGUGCAAGCGAAACGUAUAAAAUGUUAUAUUUUUACGAUUCCCUUUGCUUUUUCAGAUUUGCAUCCUGCGGCAGGUCCUCAGUUCUUUGCUGAGUCAAUUUUGGGCAAAACAAAUGAGGGGGAACUGGAUAGCGACUUUGACGACGUGGCAAUCGAUUCGCUUAUGGACCCGGAAGGAAAACCAAUCCAUGACCUACUGCGAGCCCGCGCGUUGGUGUAUGUUUUUUUUUCUCUAGACACAUGGUCUUUUGUUGGUUUCUUGCAGUCUCGAGGAGGAUUUAAGAAAAGAAGCUGCCGAAAUUCAGAGGAUUAUGUCGGAGAGAGAAGAGGAGCAGAGCGGUGAAGUGACACUUGCCACGUGGCUCUGGACGUUCGUGGGAUGCUCGCUCGUCGUGAGCAGCGGAAUUAUUCCAGCUUUCUUGCUCCCAGCUAAUAUACACGAGUUCUUGUCUUCAGUUGGUAAGUUUAAGUUGUUUUUGAUGACGUCACACGCAUAAAAAUAUUUUCAGACGGCCAACGUCGCCUAAACCUGCUUCUCGGAUUUGCGGUCGGAUCUCUGUUGGCGGAUGUCUUCUUGCAUCUUCUUCCAGAAGCCUAUGAUAGCAACGAGAACCACGUGGCAAUGGGAUUGUGGGUGCUGGCCGGAUACCUCACUUUUUCCCUCAUCGAGAAGAUUGGAGCGUCAACUGAAGAGGGACAGCAUCAGGCAAGUUCCGCUUCCGAAUGUUUAGAUCAAGAGAGCAUAAGCAAAUCGUCCCUUCGUUCAAAAAAGUAAACAAUUUGAGAGCAAAAAUUGACUUGUGAACGGGGAAAUUGAAAGGGAAAAGUAAAAGUCAGGCUUUCAGCUUUGUGCGUACAUGAACUUGGCCGCCAAUAUCGUGGACAACUUCGCUCACGGUCUUGCCGUCGGAAGCAGUUUCCUAGUUUCUACCAAGGUAAUUUUCCGAACUGCUAGCCAAUGCUAGGUAUUCAUACCACGUUUUGCAGUUUGGAAUCAUGACUACAAUCACCAUUCUUCUUCAUGAAAUCCCUCACGAGAUUAGCGAUUUUGCCAUCCUUCUCCGCGCGGAUUUCGACAGAACAGCAGCAAUGAAAGUGCAGGUAGCCACCAAUGAUCUUCUGCUCUCUUCCAUCAUCAUCAUUUUCCAGUUCAUAACUGCUUCCGCCGGAGUUCUCGGCUCCUGCGUGGCCCUUUCGCUGCACACCUCUAACGUGCCGGUCAUUGAAACCCUUCUCCCCUUCACGGCCGGCGGUUUCCUCAACAUUGCCCUCACGCAGCUCUUGCCCGAACUCAAUGAGGAGACGUCCCCAGUGUAAGUAAUUUCAUCAGAAUUCACUCGCCCAAUACGUUUAUUUUUUAUUUCAGUCAGAAUCUCAAACAACUUGUGAUGAUCGUGACAGGAGUGCUGUCCAUGUCUUUCCUCAACUGCCUUAGUUUCUAA